UCCCCGGGAAUCCAUCAGGUGUGUUUGCACUUCUCUUCUCUUCAUAGCCGUGAAUGAAUUAUGGCAGCCACUUGGAUCCGGAGUUAAAUGGCCGCGGCACGCAGAAAACGCUUCCGUCUGAGGUGUCCGUUUGAGGAAAUUAAAAGCCGCUAGAAAUGGACAAGCGAUCGCUGUGCCUGCUGCUCAUCUGCAUCAAUCUGUGCCUGGUCAUUUGGCUGGUCAGUGUGCAGCAGUCGCCGAUGUUGGAGGCGGAAAUAAUGGCGGACUUUGGGGGAGGAAGCAGUAGUAUCACCGGAAGUAGCACCCCAUCACCCCCUUCUCAAACACAGAGUGCCAACAGUGGAUCGCGUCGCAGCAGGAGCAAACCAUACCAAACCAAACCUAGUCGCACAUUUAGUAACAAUAACAAUAGCGAUAGUAGCCUAGUUAGCAGCAACACAUUCGAUUCGGCGGCCACGCCCCCUGCGAUAAGGAGCCAAACGCCCGCCCCCAAUGGGAGUAGUAUGCAACUGAUGGAUCUGAAUAACUUUGUCUAUCUGAUAGAUCAGCCCGCCUGUGAUAAGGAUGUCCGGGUGUUGAUAUUGGUCCAUUCGGCUGUGAGGAACACGGAGAAGCGGAGGAUCAUCAGGGAAACCUGGGCAGAUCGAAAGUAUAUCGAUGGAACGCCAUUGAAGGUCAUCUUCCUGGUAGGCGGAGUGGGCGCAAAUGCAGAGAGGUGGCAACAGUUCCUGGGACGCGAGAAUCACCUAAACGGCGACCUAAUCCAGGGCAACUUCGACGACGCCUAUCGGAAUAUGACCUACAAGCAUGUGAUGGCCCUCAAGUGGUUCAACGAGAAGUGUUCGGGGGCCCAGCUGCUGGUCAAAGUCGAUGAUGAUGUGUUCAUGAACACGCCGCAGUUGGUCAAGUACUUGACGACGCCCUCGCUGCCCGAGUUCGCGAUGCUCCAGGAUCCCCAGCUGAUGCUCUGCCGGGUCGUCCGCCACUCGAGGGUGAAGCGCUCUUAUAGGUCCAAAUGGCGAGUGACCUAUAAGGAGUACCCGCAUCGCUUCUACCCGGAGUAUUGUCCCGGAAUGGCCAUAGUCUACGCCCCGGACGUCGUUCGUCGGCUGUUUGAGGCGGCACAGAAGUCCAAGUACUUUUGGGUGGACGAUGUCCUCAUCACGGGCAUCCUGGCCGAGGAGACGGGCAGCAAGAUUACACCGCUGAAAUAUUACCUCGAACAGAAGGACGUACGCUCGCUGCUCAGCGGGGAGGCAGAUCUCGAGGAUCCACCGUUCCUCUUCACAAAUCACGCCAUCAAGCCGGACGAGAGCAUGGAAAUAUGGCAGAUGGCCUUGGAUCGCAUUCAGCGGCCACUACUCACCCCACCCGCCUCCUCAUUAGCAUCCGCAUCUAUCGCUUCCAAAUCCGCAGCACCAAGUGGAUGGCCAAGUGCGAACCUUUCUGAGGCGCCACAACAGACGAUCGCCACCGGCCUCAGCUAGUUUGACUGGCAUAUCCAAAACGAUGAUGGAGGAUUACGUUUAGUUUCUUUGGCUGUUCAGUUUUAAGUUCUAGGGCUUUAGUUUUAAUUCGUAGUUAUUAUUGAUAGGUAGCAUUUUUUGUGUCGGGACGAAGUGAAGUCAAGUGAAAACCACCAACCACCUGCCUACAAUCAUUCGUAUCAUAUGAACAUAAACCGUAAACCGUAAACUAAUCUAAGGAUUCUACUGAUAGUCAUUUACAUCCAAUGCGAAUCGCUCACCAAGAUCAGAAAAAUCAGAAAGGAAAUAGUAAAUCAGAAAAUCAAUUCAGAAAAGCAACAAUAAAAACGAUCGCAAAUACCUUAA